AGGGGUGAGGUUGCGGGGCGGCGGACGUGAAUGUGCCUUUUUUCGGCGUUGAUACUUUCCAAAAGUGCGUAUUCUUGUAUGGCGUACGACGUUUCGUUUGCUUUGUAUAUUCUCUGUUUUUCGAGAACCUGUUCCGAUGUUCAUGUUCACCCCCCCUCGCGGACGUACAAUCAUAUCUUCUCCUUUUCUUUUUGCACUGCAUCUAGUGGUGGUAACAACCGUGUGUGUGGAGAAACUUUACGGCAUCGACCACGAGUGCAUGUGGCGUGCGCAUCGAGAAAACAUCUACGCGAGACACAUGCUCAACAGUCUCCAUUUCCACCAAAUCUCUAACUACAUAUAUAUAAUACGCCAGGGAAUGCAAGAAACAUUCGACGCCUCCCUUUUCAAGCCUUCACGGCUUCCCACCCCCAGCAGCAACAGCCUCACUAAUACCCAAAACCCUCGCCAACAAAACCACCGUCGCAACACUCGUAACAUCCUCCGCCAUCAUCUCCCCUCCGACCCCUUGUCCCCCUCGCCUCCCUUUCCUUCCGUGCACGUUCAGCGCGGUCGAGGGCGUCCGCGGCAUCGA